AUGCCAGCCACAACGAGACGAGGUUCUAUCACCGCCUUGGGGGACGUGAUUGACUCUCCUACGGGUUUAAACGGACUGUUACAAAAUAAAAGAUGUUUGGCAUUGGCCCUCUUUGCUUCCCUUGGAGGUGUGCUCUAUGGAUACAAUCAGGGUGUGUUCAGUGAAGUUCAAGUCAUGUCUGACUUUGAGCAUCGCUUGCGUCUACAACUUCUCACCGGAAUUCUAGAGUUGGGAGCAAUGCUCGGGUCCUUAAUGAGUAGUCCACUCGCAGACAAAUACUCUAGAAAGCGUUCAAUUUCAGCCUGGUGCAUUGUAUUUGUCCUCGGCACUGCUCUUCAGGUCGGUGCAACCACCGAUGUUUCUUAUAUCUAUGCUGGACGUUGGUUUGCUGGUAUGGGCAUUGGUGGACUUUCCGUCGCUGUGCCCAUGUUCAACGCUGAGCUUGCACCCGCAUCCAUCGGAGGCACGCUAGUUGGUCUACAACAAGUAUCAAUUUGCUUCGGCAUCAUGGUGUCAUAUUGGAUAGGGUAUGGAACGAAUUACAUCGGAGGAACUACUUACCCACACCAAUCAACUGCCGCUUGGAGAAUCUCGCUUCCAAUCCAAAUAAUUCCUGCCUUCGUCCUCGGAAUCGGCGCAUGGUUCCUCCCUUACUCGCCUCGAUGGCUCAUGUUGGUUAGCAGGGAGGAAGAGUGUCUGGCUGUUUUGGCUCGUCUUCGAAAACAAGAUCCAUCGUCCCCGGCAGUUCAGUACGAAUAUUUGUCUCUCAAGGUUGAGCCUUAUGCAGACCGCGAGACUUCACGACUACGUUAUGGAACUGAGGAGAAAUCCUGGCGUACUGAAGCUCUUGAGUACAAGCGAAUCUUCACGACAAAGGUCCUUUUAUAUCGUGUUGGUCUUGGAGCGGGUGUUCAGGCAUUCGGUCAAUGGGCAGGAAUCAAUGCAAUCAUUUACUACGCUCCAACAAUUUUCGAAGAGGUCGGUCUCACGGGUGGAAGCGUCGACUUACUGGCUACUGGCCUCGUAGGCAUCCUGAUGUUCGUUUUCACGAUUCCGGGUGCGCUCAUGGUCGACAGAGUUGGUCGUAAGCCCAUGCAUUACUGGAGUUUGGCCAAUAUGGGUAUUGCCCACGCCAUUAUCGCUGCCAUCAUUGCCACAUACGGUAAUGAUUUUCCAGGACACAAAAAUGCAGGUAACGCCGCUAUCUUCUUUGUUUUCUGGAUCAUUGUCAAUUACGCAUUGCCAUAUGGACCUGUUGGUUGGAUUAUCACUGCCGAGUCCUCGUCUCUCGAUAUUCGUGCCAAGGGAGUCGCUAUCGGUUCUGCUGUAAACUGGAUUAUGAACUUUGCAGUUGCGCAGGUCACACCUGUCAAGAUUACAAAUAUCGGUUAUAAGGCUUUCAUUGUGUUCAUGUGUUUCUGUUUUGUGGGGUUGUUGUGGGUUUACUUCGUUUUGCCUGAAUUGAAGGGGUUGACUCUUGAGGAGAUUGAUGGUGUAUUUGCGGAUGAAGCUAGUGCGGAGGACCGCCACCGACGCGAUCGCAUUACGGAGGAGCUUGGAGUUCACCAAAUGGCUAACGUUGCUGCGGAUAUUGGAAUUAUUGAUGAGCACAAGGAUUCCUCGUGGAAUAAGCAGGAGGUUGAGAGAGUGGAAGGCUAG